CAAGAAGAAACACGGAAAUUCGAUCAACAUGUCUCUCACAAAUUGCCGGUUCUAUGAGGAGAAGUAUCCGGAGGUGGAAAGCUUCGUCAUGGUGAACGUGAAGCAGAUCGCAGAAAUGGGUGCAUAUGUCAAGCUCCUAGAAUACGACAACAUCGACGGCAUGAUCCUCCUCUCCGAACUUUCCCGUCGACGUAUCCGCAGUAUCCAGAAGCUCAUCCGAGUCGGACGCAACGAGGUCGUGGUCGUGCUCCGUGUGGACAAGGACAAGGGCUACAUCGAUCUGUCGAAGCGAAGAGUGUCGCCCGAGGACAUUAUCAAGUGCGAGGAGCGGUACAACAAGUCCAAGAUGGUGCAUUCCAUCAUGCGCCACGUCGCCGAGAAGACCAACACACCCAUCGAAGAGCUCUACAAGAACAUCGGGUGGCCGCUGAAUAAGAAGUACGGACACUCGAUCGAUGCCUUCAAGCUCUCCAUUACGAAUCCGGAUGUCUGGAAGGAUGUGACCUUCCCCAACGAGGUAGUCAGGGAAGAGCUGCAGACGUACAUCAGCAAGAGGUUGACGCCUCAGCCGACGAAGGUGCGGUCCGACAUUGAGGUCACUUGCUUCGGGUACGAUGGUAUCGACGCGGUGAAGACAGCUUUGCGCUGCGCCGAGGCGAAGAACACGCAAGAUACGCAGGUCAAGGUCAAGCUCGUCUCGCCUCCACUAUACGUCCUAACCUCGCAAUGUCUCGACAAGAACCUCGGCAUCUCUGUCCUCGAGCAAGCAAUCCAAGACAUCAAGGACAGCAUUUCCGCAGCGGGCGGCGACUGCACGGUCAAGAUGGCGCCAAAGGCGGUCACGGAGAACGAUGAUGCUGAGCUGGCCGCGCUCAUGGAGAAGAGGGAGCGUGAGAACCAGGAGGUCAGCGGAGACGAGGAUGAGAGCACGAGUGACGAAGGCGGCGUGGUCGAGGCCGACACAUAGAUUGGUUGCAUGGGGAGGACAGGUUCACAACAGGGGACAACCGGCGUUUGGCGGCAGCAUGGGAAAACAAGGCAUUCAAGUGUCCAGGAUAGAUUGUAUGUCCAAAAAUUCAGCUUUACGACUCUCUCGGCGUAUGCUACCUAAAUGUAGAGACAAAUGGCAUGCCCAGAGUGAUGGUGCACCAAGCGAACAUGGCGUCGUCGGUUAGCUCGGGAGCUUGGGCCAGCGGGGUCGAGCAGGAACAAGC